UUUCGUUCGCAUGUACGCACGUUGGCCGCGGAGCAACAUCUCCCCGAAACAAACAAAAAACAAAAAAACAAAAAACAAAAAAAAAAAACAAAAAAUUAAACAACAGCAACAACAACAACAAAACAGCGGCAGCAGCCGUCGCUCAGACGCGGAACUUGGCUCGAACUUUAGUUUAGUUUCAGUGGCCAAUGGAUAGUGGCUAAGUGCGGCGGUAUCGGGCGAAUCGGUUGAAUCGGUUAAGCGGUUAAGCGGUUGUCACUUAACGGUUAAGCACGCGCCAAUCCUUUUUUUUGAAGUUUCUACAAGAGUUAGUGGUACUGAAAAAAAAAAAAAACAAAUAAAAAACAGCAUACAUAAUAUAUGUAUAUGUAAAGUAUAGGCAAGAAUCGAAAGCCAAGAGUGGUAUGUGCCCUUAGUUUUGACCCAAGACAAAGACCCAAGCUCUAAAAAUAAAGACCCCUGACACCCACGACACACACACACACCACACACACACACACACCCAUCCACCCACACACACACACACACACACCGUCUCAUUCUCUCAAUCUCAAUCUCAUUUCGAGGAUCAGAAAAGGAGCAACAUCAAUCCGAUUCAUUAUGUUCACAUAUAUUUUUUUGGAGUGACCUAACUUUUGGCAAUGGACGCAGACUUCUUCUUCUAAUCCCUGAAAUCCCUUCAAAAAAGAUUUGGAAGAAGAAGUCCAUAAUAAACUCAAAUGGUUGUUGUGAUCGAAAGUGUUUUGUAUUUUUUUUUUGUUUGUUUGAAAUGUGUUUGAUUGAAAUCGGUGUUUGCCCAGCCAAAAUGGCCCAGCAUCGUUCGCUUGUCCGACUGUAUCUGCCCACCUAGAGGAGAUCGCCGUUGCCCAAAUGAAUGCCCAGCAGCCGCUGAUCCUGGAGCAGCCCACCAAGGCCAGCAAUGUUGUUGUUGUUGCCCCAGCAGUUGCGGCCGCUGCGGAAAUAGAGGCGACAACGCGAACGGAAGCGGUAACGGAAACAAGUUCGGCCACCAACUCGGAAUCCAACGCGAACUCCAACUCGAACUCCAACUCCCAGCUGAAUGGUGGCUCCCAUGAGGAGCAGCGGGUCAUCAAUGGCAACUAUGGCUGCCGGCGGAUCAGCCAGGCGGAUCAGCAGGAUCAGCCGGAUCGGGAUGAUGAGGGCGAGCAGCAGGUCAAGGAUGUGGUGGCCAAUAAGCUGACCAUCAUCAAGACGCCGUUGAACAAGACGCUGCUCAAGAAGUGCAACACCACCAAUGGCAGCCUGCAACUGCCCCAUAGUGGCAACAAUGGCAACAGCAACAGCAACAAUAAUAGUAGCCGCAACAGCAACAGCAACAACAGCAGCAACAGCAACAGCAACAACAACAACAGUGCGGCCAGCGAUGACGUAGACGGCGCCUGCGAUUCCGGUUUGCAAAGCGGAAAUAGCAAUGAACAAGAACCAUUUGCCAACAACGAUCGCCACCAUCACAUUUACCACCACCAUCACCAUCACUAUCAUCAUCACCAUGGCGGCGAUAAGGGCGAGGCUGGUGGCGAUGUUGCAUCCUCCUCCUCCGCGGAUCUGAGCACGCAGGUCAAGGAGGAGCCCAGCGUACUGGAAAGUGACAAUCAUCUGAAGGCAGGAGCAGGAGCAGGAGGAGCAGCAGUGGCAGGUACAGGAGCAGCAGCAACACCUGCCACAGAAGGAGCGGGACCUGCCACAACGGCCACUUGCAAUCCCAGCAAGUGCAACAAGUGCAAUUCGCACAACAACAACAGCAGCUGCAACAAUAACAAUAAUACCAUCAGCAACAACAACAACAGCAGCAACAGCAACAGCAACAAUAAUAAUAACAAUAAUACAAGCAACAAUACCAACAACAACAACAACAACAAUAACCAUUACAACAACUACAAUAACUAUUAUAAGAAAAAGUCUCGAAUGCCGCCCAUUUGCCGAAUUAUGACACUGAGCCGUGGCCCGUACAGCGAGCUCGAUAAAAUGAGCCUUUUUCAAGACCUCAAACUCAAACGGCGUAAAAUCGAUUCGCGAUGCAGCAGUGACGGCGAGUCCAUAGCGGACACGUCCACCUCAUCACCGGAUCUGCUGGCGCCCAUGUCGCCGAAGCUCUGCGACAGCGGUUCGGCAGGGGCGGCGUCGGCAGGGGCGUCGUCCCUGCCCCUUCCGCUGGCCCUGCCCCUGCCCAUGGCCCUGCCCCUGCCCCUGCCCAUGUCGCUGCCUCUGCCCCUCACGGCGUCAUCGUCGGCGGUCACAGUUUCGCUGGCAGCGGUCGUGGCGGCGGUGGCCGAAACGGGAGGAGGUGGGGGCGGAGGAGGAGCUGGCGGGACAGCAGUCACAGCCUCGGUAGCGGGACCCUGCGUCUCCACAUCGUCAACGACGGCGGCAGCGGCCACAUCCUCGACCUCCUCGCUGUCGUCCUCCUCCUCGUCAUCGUCCUCCUCCACAUCAUCCAGCACCUCCUCCACCUCGCCGACGGCUGGAGCCUCCUCCACGGCCACCUGCCCCGCCAGCAGCAGCAGCAGCAGCAGUGGUGGCGGUGGAAAGACUGGCAGCAUCAAGCAGGAGCACAACACGGAGAUCCACUCGUCGAGCAGUGCGAUCUCGGCGGCCGCCGCCUCAACGGUAAUGUCACCGCCGCCCGCUGAGCCGGCGAGAUCCAGUCCAGCCACGCCCGAUGUGGGCGGACCAGCUGGCGCCGGAGGAGGAGGAGCAACAGGCGGCGGCGGUGGAGGAGGAUCCGCAAGCGGCGGAGCAACGACCGGAGUGGCUAUCAAUGAACACCAAAACAAUGGCAAUGGCAGCGGAGGAAGCAGUCGAGCCUCGCCCGAUUCGCUGGAGGAGAAGCCCUCGACCACGACGACAACGGGUCGUCCAACGGUCACGCCCACGAAUGGAGUGCUGUCCUCCGCCUCGCCGGGCACGGGAAUGGCCGGGAUAACGGGUAGCAGCGCCAAGCUGAGCGAGGCGGGCAUGAGUGUAAUCCGCUCCGUCAAGGAGGAGCGUUUGCUUAGCGUGUCCAGCAAGAUGCUGGCAUUCCAUCAGCAGCGGGAGCAGGAGACUAAAGCAGCGGCGGCAGCAGCAGCAGCAGCGGCGGCGGGUCAUGUGACGGUUCUAGUGACGCCAUCGCGGAUCAAAUCGGAGCCACCACCGCCGGCCUCACCCUCCUCCACAUCCAGUACACAAAGGGAACGAGAAAGGGAGCGGGAGCGUGAACGAGAACGGGAAAGAGAUCGGGAAAGGGAGCGGGAUCGGGAUCGGGAGCGAGAGCGGGAACAGUCUAUCAGCUCCUCACAGCAGCAUUUGAGCCGGGUUUCCGCCAGUCCACCCACUCAGCUUUCCCACGGCAGCUUGGGACCCACCAUCGUCCAGACACACCAUCUCCACCAGCAACUCACCCAGCCGCUGACGCUGCGCAAGAGCAGCCCUCCCACGGAGCACCUGCUCAGCCAGUCCAUGCAGCAUCUCACCCAGCAGCAGGCCAUCCACCUGCAUCACUUGCUUGGCCAGCAGCAGCAGCAGCAGGCGUCGCAUCCCCAGCAGCAACAGCAACAGCAGCAGCAGCAACACUCGCCCCACUCCUUGGUGCGGGUGAAGAAGGAGCCGAAUGUCGGCCAGCGACACCUGUCGCCGCACCACCAGCAACAGUCGCCGCACCUGCAACACCACCAGCAGCAACAGCAGCAGCAGCAGCAACAUCUACACCAGCAACAACAGCAACAGCAGCAGCAGCAACAUCACCAGCAGCAACCACAGGCUCUGGCCCUGAUGCAUCCCGCCUCGCUGGCGCUGAGGAACAGCAACCGGGACGCGGCCAUUCUGUUCCGGGUGAAGAGCGAGGUGCACCAGCAGGUGGCCGCCGGACUGCCCCAUCUGAUGCAAUCCGCUGGCGGGGCAGCGGCAGCUGCAGCAGCCGCAGUGGCCGCCCAGCGGAUGGUCUGCUUCAGCAAUGCCCGGAUCAAUGGAGUGAAGCCGGAGGUGAUUGGCGGACCGCUGGGCAACCUGCGGCCCGUGGGCGGCAAUGGAGGUGGUUCCGUGCAAUGCCCCUCGCCGCAUCCCUCCUCCUCGUCGUCAUCCUCGCAACUGUCGCCGCAGACGCCCUCGCAGACGCCGCCCCGCGGCACGCCCACCGUCAUCAUGGGCGAGAGUUGCGGGGUGCGCACCAUGGUAUGGGGCUAUGAGCCUCCGCCGCCCUCGGUGGGCCAGUCACAUGGCCAGCAUCCGCAGCAGCAGCAGUCGCCCCAUCACCAGCCACAACAGCAGCAGCAGCAACAGCAGCAGCAGCAACAGCAGUCACAGCAGCAACAGCAGCAGCAGCAACAGCAGCAACAGUCGCUGGGCCAGCAGCAACACUGCCUGUCCUCGCCCUCGGCCGGUUCCCUAACGCCCUCCUCCUCCGGCGGGGGUUCGGUGUCGGGCGGCGGCGUGGGCGGACCACUGACGCCCUCCUCGGUGACGCCGCAGAACAACGAGGAGGCCGCCCAGUUGCUGCUCUCCCUGGGCCAGACGCGCAUCCAGGACAUGAGGGCCCGACCGCAUCCCUUCCGCACCCCGCACGCCCUCAACAUGGAGCGCCUGUGGGCGGGCGACUACUCGCAACUGCCACCCGGCCAGCUGCAGGCCCUCAAUCUCAGCGCCCAGCAGCAGCAGUGGGGCAGCAGCAACUCCACGGGCCUGGGCGGCGUGGGCGGCGGCCUGGGCGGACGGACCGGACUGGAGGCACCGCACGAGCCGACCGACGAGGACGAGCAGCCACUGGUGUGCAUGAUCUGCGAGGACAAGGCCACCGGCCUGCAUUACGGCAUCAUCACGUGCGAGGGGUGCAAGGGCUUCUUCAAGCGGACGGUGCAAAACCGACGCGUCUACACCUGCGUUGCGGAUGGCACCUGCGAGAUAACCAAAGCACAGCGCAACCGUUGUCAGUAUUGUCGAUUUAAGAAGUGCAUCGAGCAGGGCAUGGUGCUGCAGGCCGUUCGCGAGGAUCGCAUGCCGGGCGGUCGAAACAGCGGCGCCGUCUACAAUCUGUACAAGGUGAAGUACAAGAAGCACAAGAAGACCAAUCAGAAGCAGCAGCAGGCCGCCCAGCAGCAACAGCAGCAGGCGGCGCAGCAGCAGCAGCACCAGCAGCAGCAACACCAGCAGCAACAGCACCAGCAACACCAGCAGCAGCAGCAGUUGCACUCGCCGCUGCACCACCACCACCACCAGGGUCACCAGGCGCACCACGGUCAGCAGCAGCACCACCCACAGCUGUCGCCGCACCACCUGUUGUCGCCGCAGCAGCAGCAACUUGCCGCAGCGGUGGCAGCAGCCGCCCAGCACCAACAGCAACAGCAGCAGCAGCAGCAACAACAGCAGCAGGCCAAGCUUAUGGGCGGCGGGGUGGAAAUGAAGCCCAUGUUCCUGGGUCCCGUGCUCAAGCCGGAGCUGCUCCAGGCACCGCCCAUGCACAGUCCGGCCCAGCAGCAGCAGCAACAGCAACAGCAGGCCUCACCGCACCUCUCCCUUAGCUCGCCGCACCAGCAACAGCAGCAGGGUCAGCACCAGAAUCACCACCAGCAAUCAGGCGGAGGAGGUGGAGGAGGAGGAGGCGGCGGCGGCGGCGGAGGAGGAGGAGCCCAACUGCCACCGCAUUUGGUGAACGGCACCAUACUAAAAACUGCACUGACCAAUCCCAGCGAGAUUGUGCAUCUGCGCCAUCGCCUCGACUCGGCGGUCAGCUCGUCCAAGGACCGGCAGAUCUCGUACGAGCACGCCCUGGCCAUGAUCCAGACCCUGAUCGAUUGCGACGCCAUGGAGGACAUUGCCACGCUGCCGCACUUCAGCGAGUUCCUCGAGGACAAGUCGGAGAUCAGCGAGAAGCUGUGCAACAUCGGCGACUCGAUUGUCCACAAGCUGGUGUCGUGGACCAAGAAGCUGCCCUUCUACCUGGAGAUCCCGGUGGAGAUACACACCAAGCUGCUGACGGACAAGUGGCACGAGAUACUCAUCCUGACCACGGCCGCCUACCAGGCGUUGCACGGCAAGCGCCGUGGCGAGGGUGCGGGAUCGGGCAGCAGGCACAAUUCGCCGGCAUCAACGCCACUGGCCACGCCCACUGGGACGCCGUUGAGCACGCCCAUACCAUCGCCCGCCCAGCCGCUGCACAAGGAUGAUCCGGAGUUUGUCAGCGAGGUGAACUCGCACCUGAGCACACUGCAGACCUGCCUGACCACGCUGAUGGGCCAGCCGAUCGCAAUGGAGCAGCUGAAGCUGGACGUUGGCCACAUGGUGGACAAGAUGACCCAGAUCACGAUCAUGUUCCGGCGCAUCAAGCUCAAGAUGGAGGAGUACGUCUGCCUGAAGGUGUACAUACUGCUGAACAAAGCAGAAGUGGAACUGGAGAGCAUCCAGGAGCGGUACGUCCAGGUGCUGCGCUCCUACCUGCAGAACUCCUCGCCGCAGAAUCCGCAGGCGAGGCUCAGCGAGCUGCUCUCCCACAUACCAGAGAUCCAGGCUGCGGCCAGUCUGCUGCUCGAGAGCAAGAUGUUCUAUGUGCCCUUCGUGCUCAACUCGGCGAGCAUAAGGUAGCAGAUGCUUGAGCACGGCCUGCUGCCCACCGCCAACCACCAGCCGGCGCCGCUCGGACCAGGUCCUGAUCCGGUCCUCCCGGAGCGGCAGCAGCAGCA